GUCACUAAAGAAACUGCAGCACCCCAAUUCGUUGAAGGUUUGAAGUCAGUACAUAUCAAGGAGAAGGAAACUCUUAACCUAUCCGUAACUGUCACCGGUUCACCACAACCGACGAUUGCUUGGUUCAAGGACGAGGUACCCAUUGUAGUCGAUAACGUUCACAUUGUGGCCAAAGAGGAGGAUGGUGGUCGGUGGACCCUCACCAUCAAAGAUUUGUGCGUUGCUGACGCUGGAACGUAUUCAUGCAUGGCAACCAAUUCCAGUGGAGAAGUUCGUACCGAUGCAAAAGUUGAUGUCGAAGUUAUAAAGGUGUUAGAAUGUAAGUUUUACAAUUGGUUCUAUGUUAGUAAUAGUCAACACAUGCUAUUUCAUUCUCUAAGCUUGUUUCGAUUUUUGUCCAUUAAUCCACUCGCACCCACCUUCACAAAAUCGCUUGUGGACCAAUCAAUAUCGAUCGGCGACCAACUGAUUCUAUUCUGCUCUGUGAAAGGUGCUCCCCAACCAGUGGUGGAAUUUUACCGUGAGGGCGUGAGAAUCAAAUCCUCAACAAGAAUAGCAAUCGAGCACGACAAAACAAAUACUCAUUGGAGAGUGCUUAUCAAGGAAUCCUCUCAGGAAGACUUGGGAAAAUACCGUGCGCUGGCAAAGAAUACCGUUGGAACCGCAUUCUCUGAGGCUACCGUAUCGAAGAAAACCGAUAUGCCUGUAAUCGAGCAAGGUUUGAAGCGUACAUCGGUUACGGAGAAGGAGGAGAUCCGCAUGGAGGUCAAGAUUAUCAAAGAAUCUACGAUUGCCGAUGCUGGAAGAUACACAGUGAAAGCUACGAACAUAGCAGGAAGUGUUGAGAGCUCUGCAGAAGUUGAGGUGACUCGAGCUUUCGAAAAACCAUCAUUUGUAAAGGAACUUGUGUCGACUGAAGUGAAGGUUAACGAAACGGCUACAUUAACCGUAACAGUGAAAGGUAUUCCUACUCCAGAAAUCACAUGGAAGAAGGAUGGACAGCCUGUCAAUAUUGACAAUACACAGUCCGAUGAAACAUAUUCCAUCACAAUAUCUUCUUCAACUAUUGAAGACGCUGGCAAAUACACCUGCGAGGCCACAAACGUAGCUGGUACUGCCGAAUGUUCUGCCAAGUUUGCAGUAAUCAAGGAUGUUGAAGCACCGCAGUUCACCGAGAAGUUACAUCCUUUGGAGGUAAAAGAAAGCGAAAGUGCCACUCUUUCCGUUACUAUAACUGGCACUCCUCAACCUGAAGUGCAAUGGUUCAAAGACGAUCGCCCAAUACAAAUUGAUAAUGUUCACCUAAUUGCCAAAGAGGAAGGAAGCGGUCACUACGUGCUCACCAUCAAAGAGGCAAGAACUUCUGAUCAAGGUACCUACUCCUGCAAGGCAGUAAACGAGGCUGGCGAAGCUCAGACCGACGCCACAGUUCACGUUGCUAAAGAAGCCGUAGCUCCUCAAUUUGUUGAAAUCCUACGACCAAUGGAAGUAAAGGAGACUGAAGUGAUCAACCUAGCCGUCACUGUUACUGGAUCUCCUGCUCCCAAAGUUACAUGGUUCAAAGAUGAUGCUCCUAUCCAAAUAGACAACGUCCAUGUUUUCUCUAAAGACGAUGGUUCUGGACAUUUCACGUUGACAAUCAAAGACUCCCAAGUAGCUGAUAUUGGAAGUUAUUCCUGCAAAGCAACAAAUGAAGCUGGAGAAGCUCGAACAGAAGCAACGGUACACGUAGCCAAGGAAUCAACUGCACCACAGUUUACGGAGACAUUGAAACCACUUGAGGUGAAGGAAACCGAAAUGCUCAAGCUGUCAGUCACUGUUACUGGAGCACCACAGCCCACAGUGGCGUGGUUCAAAGACGAUGUUCCCAUUGAAAUCGACAACGUUCACGUCCUGGAUGCUCGUGUAUCAGAUGUUGGCAGUUACUCUUGCAAAGCUACCAACGAAGCUGGUGAAGCCCGAACAGAAGCUAAAAUGGCCGUUGCUGAAGAAUUGGUGUUACCGCGUUUCACCGAAGGACUGAAAGCAGUUGAAGUAGACAAAGGUAAACCAGCGGAAUUGACCUGCACUGUAAUCGGGAAACCGGAACCAGAGGUAACCUGGCUGAAGGAUGGCGUCCCAAUUCAAAUCGAUGAGGUAAAAGAUUCUGAAGGACAACAUACAUUGAUCAUCAAAGAUCUCAAAGAGGAGGAUACCGGUUCCUAUACCUGUGAGGCCGUCAAUAAGGUCGGCAAAGAUGUGACGAUAGGCGAAGAGACUGUCGCCUCACAAGGAGAGACAGUUGUGCUCGAAUGCCGUGUGAACAAGGAAUCGCAACCAGAAAUUCGCUGGUUCAAAGACGACAAACCAAUUGAACUAAGCCAACAUAUGGUGAUGGAAACACUCGACGACGGCAAAAUCAAACUGACAAUUCACAAUGCAACCAAGCAAGAUGUCGGCUCGUAUCGUUGCGAAGCAAUUAACAAAGUUGGCAAAGCCGAAACACACUAUGCAACGAGUGUGCAGGAGACGGUCGCCGACGAGAGUGAGCAGCUGCACGAAAUGGUUGCGGAGACGCUCACCACCGGUGAUUUCUUUUUCACUUUUUCCCCCACUGCACAAACAGCUGUAGAAACAAAGGUCGGUAGAGGCCCACCGGAGUUUGUAGAAUUAUUGCGAUCAUGUACUGUCGCCGAGAAACAGCAAGCUGUACUCCGCUGCAAAGUAAAAGGAGAACCACGGCCAAAGAUCAAGUGGACCAAGGAAGGCAAAGAGGUUUGUAAGAAUUAG